GUGACCUAAAUUACUCCUGGAGACGUGGCGAGCUCGCGACGCGGUCCUCGCGCACCUCCGGCGGCGUUCACCCUGAAAUCUUGAGCUUUGCAGGGAGGGAGACGUCGCCAUGCCGACAGUGAAGAGCAAGAAGAAGAAAGCGAAGAAGGAGGUGACUGAGGUAGAGGAGCAGGGCGAAGCGGGGCUGGAGGUGGAGAUGGAGGACAGGAGUAACUCCGACAGCAGAGACCACCUGACCCCGGAUCUGCACGACGCAGCGCCGCACAAGAAGAAGAAGAAGAAAAAGGCGUCAACUAUUGAUCAGGAAACGGAGCACGGGGAUGUACCAAACGGCAACACGGCCGAGGCAGACGGGGAAGGAGAGGAGAUGACUGUCGCCGUCACCAGGAAGACAAAAAGGAAGAAGAAGGCGAAGGCGACAGAGCACUACAGCAACGAUCUGGAAGCCGAAGACGAAGACAUCAUCACUGACGCUCAGUCUCCCAUCCCGCAGCAUUCCCUGUUCUCCGCCCCGCACGGACACAGCCAGCCGGUCGGCAAAGUUUUUGUGGAGAGGAACCGGCGUUUCCAGGCCGACCGAGUGGAGCAUCUCCGGCACUCGGAGCUGACUGAGGACUACAUGGACCCCAGGCAGAUCUGGACCACCAGGGACGUCUCUCUGAAGGUUCACAACGGCUUCAGGGUGGUCGGUCUGUUCUCUCAUGGGUUCCUGGCUGGCUACGCGGUGUGGAACAUCAUCGUCGUGUACGUGCUGGCCGGCGAGCAGAUGACCACGCUGCACAACCUGCUGCAGCAGUACCACCCUCUGGCCUACCCGGCUCAGUCUCUGCUCUACCUGCUGCUGGCCAUCAGCACCGUGUCCGCAUUCGACAGGGUCAACCUGGCCAAGACGUCCAUGGCCCUGAGAGGCUUCCUCACUCUGGACCCGGUGGCCGUGGCUUCCUUCCUAUAUUUCAUAGCCCUGAUACUGUCCCUCAGCCAGCAGAUGACCAGCGACCGCAUCAACCUUUACCCUACGGCCAACGAGACUCUGUGGCCUCCAGGCUCCGAGCAGCAGAUCUUGCGGCCGUGGAUCGUGGUCAACCUGGUGGUGGCACUGUUGGUGGGCGUGGCAUGGGCUGUUGUGUCCACGCGGCCAGACAUCGACUACACAGAAGAAUUUUUGAUGACGAUGGAGGUGGAGAGUUUCCCUAGAGGAGAUGAAAACCUGGACAUCCCUGCCUAAAACCAGACGUGUUGAAUAUCUGUCAGCCCGUGUGCUAGACUAAAAAUACAAUGGUUAUUUGAUGUAUGAUUUUGUACAAGUAAAUAUGUAUUAUUUGUUUGCUAAAUGUUAUUUUGUAAAUGAAUAAAUGGGUUUAUGUACAGUAA